AUGGCUCCACGUCCAACACCACUACCGGUUGGUAACCCAACCUCUUCUUACUGGUUGAGCCAGCCGCAUUCAAAACUCCAGAACUUUUGCUCAAGGGAGACGCUUCCACAAGUUGCAGACACGGUCGUUAUUGGGUCUGGCAUCUCUGGAUCGCUGAUCGCACAUGAACUCCUCACAAGACGCUCAUAUGGGCAAGAUAGGCCGCUUGUGAUGUUGGAGGCUCGCAGUCUUGCUAGCGGUGCCACUGGUCGCAACGGUGGCCACAUAAAGCCAGACUGCUACAAGAACUUUGCGGCUUACCAACAACGCUACGGCAGUGUCGUGGCAAAGUCGCUGUGCCGUUUCGAGCUCGAUAACAUGAGAGAGUCGAUCAAGCUCAUCACACAGCAAGGCCUUGGGGAGGCUGUAGACUUGGUGCAAACCCAGUCAGUCGACUUCUUCAUGACCAGCAAAGCGUGGGAUGAUGCCCAAAAGUCUCUAAAGCUCUAUGCUGAAGCCGGUGGGGACUUGACCGAGAUCAAGGCCUACGAUAAGGUUGAGGCUGAAAAGAGGUAUCGAUUCACUGGUGUCUUCGGGGCGGUAACAUACCCUGCAUGUAGCCUAUGGCCCUACAAGCUGGCGGCUGGCCUGACGGAGAAGGCAGUCGACAAUGGGCUGCAGCUCUUCACUCACACGCCGGUCCUGGAAAUCUUUCCAGCGGCAGAGGGUAAGUGGCGAAUAAGAACCAGUAAGGGCGACAUAACUUGUGAUACCAUCUUUCACGCUACGAAUGGGUAUGUGUCACAUCUACUCCCCGAGCUGGCAAGCAAGGUUGUUCCUGUCAAAGGCAAUGUUGUCGCCAUCGAGCCGAGCCAGGAGCUCGACGACAACCCCCUGGAACAUACAGCCGGAGUCCAAUGGGGCGAAGAUUUUGAUUACAUGAUCCAGCGGCCUGUUGAUGGUAAGCCGCUAAUUUUCGGGGGCCGCGAUCUUGCACACAAGAGAAAGCUUCUUGGGCCCGUCGGGAACUCAGACGAUUCAACUACGACCCCUGAGGUUGUCCGUGCGCUGCUGCGUUUUCCUAUUAACCACAUGAGAGGAUGGGGCGACCAGUCAACACCCCGCUUCGUCUGGUCUGGCAUCAUGGGGUUCACUGCUGACGGCUUCCCGUUCGUCGGAGAGGUCCCUGGACGAGCGGGCCAAUACGCUUCUGUCGGCUACACUGGACAUGGGAUGGCCCGAGUUGUGCUCACUAUACGAGCCCUUGUGCAGAAGUUCUUUAAUGAGGCUAUUGAUCCUAGAGUUCCACGGCUUUACUUUAAUAUUAAGGAAAGGCUUAGUGAAAAGGAUAACACAUGGGAAGAAAUGCUAGAAGAGGCAUAUAAGGUUAACUUGGAUUCGCGACGUCUACCUAAAUUAUAA